AAGAUAAAACCAGAUAAAGAAAUCGUAAACCUUGAUUAAUUAUUCUUCUGCAAAAAUCAAUAAAAGCUAAUUAGUCCUUUAUGUGGCAACUUGCCAGUGGUUUGUUGCUCUUCUCUCUCCUCCGCCAUCUUCCUCUUCCUCUCUCUAGAAAUUAUCCUCAAUUUCGGUGUCGUAGUUCCUUUUCCUCAGAUUCCACACGCCGUGCUCCGCCAUCAGCACCGCCUACUUUUUCCAACCAGCUAGCCUACUCCUGGGACUGGUAGAGUACAAGAAUUCGCUCACAAUUUUAAUCUCUAACUAUAGGUUUUACUAACUGUUCUCACCCCCUCUAUAUCACAAUGUACCCUCAUUACCAUCCUUCUUGAAAGCUGAAUAAUUACUGGAACCUGUUGUGCGCUUUAAUUUUCACUUAUCCGCUAGUUUUUCUAAAAACCCUAAUUUUUUACUAGUUUAAUUUCAUGUCUGGACCACCACGAGUGAGAUCGGUGAAUUUCACUGAGUCGGAAACGAGGCCGGUGCUCGGGCCAGCCGGAAAUAAAGCUAGAUCCAUGGAUUUGGGAAAGCCCAUUUCAAAACCCAAGUUCGAGAAAGUUGUGAAACCACAAGAAAGUGACGAGCCCGAGGGGAAAAUGUCUCCAGCAGCUACCGAAACUGAGCAAUCGUCUCCAGUCAUGGGUUUUAAGAGGAAAAAUAAAAGUGCAGCCUCCGUUUUGGGGACUCGGCAGCCAAAUUUGUCGCUGAACGCUUCGUGUUCUUCUGAUGCUUCCUCGGAUUCUUCGCACAGCCGGGCUUCCACUGGGAGGUUUAGCCGGCAGAGCAUUACCCCGACUGCACCAAUUAGAAGGAAGCAGCAAUGCAGCCCGAAAAGUGAGAAAGUUGAGAAAAUUUUUGGGGUUGAGAGUGAGGGUACAGUGAUGGAAGGUUCAGUGGCCAAGAAGAGGUGUGCUUGGGUGACUCCUAAUACUGAUCAAACUUAUGCUGCUUUUCAUGAUGAGGAGUGGGGAGUUCCAGUCCACGAUGAUAAGAAACUUUUUGAAUUGCUGUGCUUUUCUACUGCUUUGGCUGAACUAACUUGGCCUGCCAUUCUUAAUAAAAGGCAUAUAUUUAGAGAAGCCUUUGCGGACUUCGAUCCAGUUGUAGUUUCAAAAUUGAAUGAGAAGAAGAUAGCAUCACCAGGAAGUCCUGCAAGCAGUCUUCUGUCAGAACUAAAGCUUCGAUCAAUUAUUGAAAAUGCACGUCAAAUUUCUAGGGUUCCAAUCAAGACAUCGAAAGCUGAUACCAUAAGCAAAGAUUUGGUGAAAAGAGGAUUUCGCGGAGUCGGGCCUACAGUCGUUUACUCGUUUAUGCAAGCAGCUGGAAUCACAAAUGACCAUCUCAUUAAUUGUUAUAGAUAUCAGGAAUGUAUAGCUGAAGGUGGUGUAAGGGAGAGGGACGAUGGCCUAAAGGUGAAGAUUGAAGGGAAACAACCCGAAGACAUUGCUGAAUACGAGUUAGCUAGAGCUAUCGAUGACUUGAGUUUAUCGACUUAGUAUUUGUCAGACGGUUUGUACUCGCAAUGGUAUGAUGUGGAAGGAUAGUUUCCUACACUUGGAUCGCCAUCGCGUGAUGGCUGGCAUGAAUUUUAUGUACAAAUUGUUAUGAAUAUUGUAUUUAUUUUCUGUGUACAUUAUAUAAAGAGAAUUUGCCUGAGGAAAAUGA